UAGUUUCCACACGAGGAGGUAAAAACAAAAAGUGAAGUUUUACUAUUCAUAUCGUUUAUCCAAUUCAAACACCCCUAGGGUGUAAGUUUAGCACAAAAUGUCUUUAUACUACGAAGAAGAAAAUUGGGACGAUGAGAUUGAGGCAUCUCCAUCUGAAGUAACCCCAGCGCAAACGUUUGGACGAGGAAGCUCAAUGACAUUCACAAACUCAAAUUUUUCUCAGCCAAAAACAUUUGGAAGAGGAAAUAUGCCAGAAAAAAAUGACUAUGGUAAACCAAGGACAUUUGGCCGUGGUUUAAGAAAUGAUGAUUUUAGUAACAGAUCGAAUGAUGACGGAACUGAUUCUUUUGAUCGUCCACGUAGAGGCCGUGGAAGGAGGGGUGGAUUUGGGGGAGGGGACAGAGAUAAUGAUUGGAGAGGUAGUGAUCGAGGAAAUAAUAAUUUUGAUCGGAAUCAGUCUAGUCGCAAUGAUGGGUUUGGUCAGUCUAGUCAAUCAGAAGGGCGUGAGAGACGAGGCGAUCAAGGAGGGAGAGAAAAUCUUACAGUCAUGUCAGUUCUCAAUACUGCAAAAGGAAAAAUUAUAGGAAAAGGUGGAUCUAGAAUCAGAGAAAUCCAAGAAGAAAGUGGGGCCAGGAUAAAGGUGCUGGAUGAUUAUGAGUCCUACUUUGAGUCUAAGGUUGAAAUACGUGGAGGCGAUGAGUCAAGAGAAAAAGCAAAGAAGAUUAUAGAAGAAAUCGUAGAAGAGGCCACAAAGCCUAAAACAUUGCAAGAGAGUCUCUCUGAAGCAUUCCCAUGUGACACUGACAAACCUAUAGAGCCAACUAGAAUAAACUGGAAAGAACUCCGAGAAAACAAAGAUAAGAACCGAAUGGAGAAAUGGAAAGGUUUUCCUCCUAUAAAGAAGAAUUUUUAUAUUGAAGGCCCUCACAUUGCCAACAUGUGUCCAGGGGAUGUGGAGAUAUUUAGAAUGGAGAACAACAAUAUUGUAGUUGUAGAUUUGCACAAGGAGAAACAAAGACCAAUCCCUAAUCCGUGUCCAAGAUUUGAAGAUACAUUUGAACAUUAUCCUGAAAUCAUGGAUGAGAUACAAAGGGCAGGAUUUGAGAAACCAUCUCCAAUUCAGGCACAGGCCUGGCCUAUCAUUCUUCAGGGAGAAGACUGCAUAGCUAUUGCACAGACUGGUACAGGAAAGACUCUGGCAUUCCUCUUGCCUGGUAUGAUCCAUAUAGACAGACAAACAACGCCAAGAUCUGAGCGAACAGGUCCUAACAUGCUGGUACUCUCCCCUACCAGAGAGCUGGCGCUUCAGAUUGAAGAGGAGGUUAAGAAAUAUCACUAUAGAGGCAUUAGAUCGUGUUGUGUAUAUGGAGGUGGCAAUAGACGGGAACAGUGCACUACUGUUCAGAGAGGUGUUGAGAUCAUCAUAGCAACGCCAGGACGUCUCAAUGACCUUUGUAUGAAUGGAAUCGUGGAUGUAAGGAGCGUCACAUAUUUGGUGCUAGAUGAGGCUGAUCGUAUGUUGGACAUGGGCUUUGAACCUCAAAUUAUGAAGAUCCUGCUUGAUAUCAGGCCAGACAGGCAAACCAUCAUGACAAGUGCAACGUGGCCUCCAGAUGUAAGACGUAUCAGCGAAUCUUACCUCACUAAUCCGUACCAGGUGUUUAUAGGAUCUCUAGAUUUAGCUGCUGUACAUAGUGUAACACAGAUCAUUGAAAUUGUAGAAGACAUGGACAAGAAAGACAGGCUUCUAUACUUCAUCAGGAAUGAGAUGGACAAGGAUGACAAAGUGAUUAUCUUCGUCUCUAGGAAAGCAACUGCUGAUCUUUUGUCUUGUGACUUUGCCAUGGAUGGAAUUGAAUGUCAGUGCAUACAUGGAGACAGGGAACAGUAUGAUAGAGAACAAGCACUGGAUGACUUCAAAACUGGUUCUGUACGAAUACUCAUAGCAACAGAUGUGGCAUCGAGAGGACUCGAUGUCAAGGAUAUCACGGUCGUGUUCAACUAUGACUUUUCCCGCAACAUGGAGGAUUACGUACAUAGAAUAGGGCGCACUGGAAGAGCAGGGAGGUCUGGUGUGUCUAUCACUCUCAUCACCAGAGGGGACUGGAGGUGUGCUAAGGAACUUAUAGAUAUCAUGGCUGAGGCUAAUCAGGAGAUUCCUGAUGAGCUUCAAGAAAUGGCAGAUCGCUAUCAGCGCCAUAGAGAACGUAUGAUAUCUGAGGGUAGAGAUCCCGACAGGAAGCGAGGGUUUGGUGGUGGAGGCGGCGGCGGUGGAGGACGUGGCGGUGGAGGACGCGGCGGUGGAGGACGCGGGGGUAGAGGUGGCGGUGGGAGGGGAGGUAGAGGAGGUGGUCGAAGGAAUGAUGAUGGAUUCUUUGGAGGAUCUUUUAGUGACGGCAGUUUUGGAGGUGGCGAUUUUGGAGGCGGGUUUGGCGGUGGUGGAGGAAGGCGAGAAAAGGAACGUGGAAUUUUGAAUCCAACUUAUGGAAUUGCUUGAGGAACAGACACUAGUCACAUGGUUAUGUUAUCAUUAAUAACAAUAUCAAGCAUCAAUUCAGUUUUCUGAUACAUUAUUUCCAUCUUCACAAGAGCUUCCAGUUACUCAUAGACUCAGAGGAGUUGGUUACUGAAUCAAGGACAAGGUCCUGAAUUAAGUCUAGCAUCAUGCACCUGGGGUUGGCAAAUUCGAGUAAGUCAUGACUUGUUUUCAUAGAAUAGUACAGAUGAGUGUGCAUCAAGAAGAGCAUUGAGUUCAAUGAAUCUCAUUGAUAUUGUAGUGGACUAGCCUAGUCAAGAGUAACAGCGAAAAUAGCAAAAUACACAUACACUUUACUUGUAUUAGAUAUACAUGUACCACGGAUGCCAAUUACGACCUUUAAUUUGAAUUUUAGACCGACCAGGUGUUUGAAAAUCAAGGAUUGUGAGUCUCAUGUUCCAGAGAGGAUUGGCUCCCAGGAUGGACACUCGAUAUUUUCCAACAAAGAAAUCGUAGAAAUGUCGUUA